GCUCAGUCGAGAGCAAGACAUACUCCAAUCGCUCGCAGCUACAACCCAAGCAACCACUGCUUUGGUCGAGGACACAGACUUACGAUGGAAGCACCUCUCAACCUGCAGUCGGGUAAGACCAUGCUUGAGCACGGCCCCGAGGCGCUCAACCGCUACCUAGCGUCAUCCUUGGAGCCAGCCAUCGGUAGCGAGCUGCCACAGCUGGAAGUGCGCUACAAGAACCUGUCGGUGACAGCCGACAUCACCGUCACCGAGGACGUGACUGCUAAGUCGGAGAUCCCGACACUGUACAACACAGUCGCGCGAUCGCUGGCGCGCAUGUCGCCCAUGCGACGAGUGGUACGCAAGGAGGUCAUCAAGAACGCGAGCGGUGUAUUCAAGCCGGGUACCAUCACACUGGUACUGGGCCAGCCGGGUUCCGGCAAGUCGGCGCUCAUGAAGAUGCUGUCGGCGCAGUUCCCCGUCGAGAGCAACAUCACGGUGGAGGGCGAGAUCACAUACAACGGCGUGCCUCAGAAGGAUGUCAUCAAACGUGUGCCCCAGUUCGUCGAGUACGUGCCUCAGUCUGACAAGCACUUUGCGACGUUGACGGUCCGUGAGACGCUUGAGUACGCGCAUAAAUUCAUUGGCGCGGGCUUGGCGGAGAAGGGUGCCGAGACCUUUACAAAGGGAACGGUGGAGCAAAAUCUAGCGGCUAUCGAAGCGGCCAAGGCGUACUACAAGAACUACCCGGAUGUGGUGAUCGGUCAGUUGGGUCUUCAGAAUUGUGAGAACACCAUCAUUGGUAACGCGAUGCUGCGCGGUGUAUCUGGUGGAGAACGUAAGCGUGUGACGACGGGCGAGAUGGAGUUUGGCAUGAAGUACGUGAGCUUGAUGGACGAGAUCAGUACGGGUCUGGACAGUGCUGCGACGUACGAUAUCAUCUGCACGCAGCGGAGUAUCGCCAAGACGCUGCACAAGGCGGUGGCGAUCUCUCUGCUUCAACCUGCUCCGGAAGUGUUUGAGUUGUUUGACUACAUCCUCAUCAUGAACGAGGGCGAGGUCAUGUACCACGGACCACGCGAAGCCGUGGUGCCAUAUUUCGAGAGUCUGGGCUUCAAAUGUCCAGCAGACCGUGAUAUCGCCGACUACCUUCUGGAUCUGGGUACGCGUAUGCAGCACCAGUACGAGGUUCCACCUCCUAUGGGCAUGACAAAGCACCCUCGCGCUGCAAGUGAGUUCGCAGAGGCCUUUGUGAACUCCCGUGUGUAUGCUGAUCUGGUCGGUAUGAUCGAAGCUCCGAUGGAUCCCGAGCUGAAGAAGCACAUGAAUGAGUACAUGGAUCCGGUCAAGCAGUUCCGUCGCUCCUGGUUCAGGAACAUCGGCGCUCUGAGUGUUCGUCACAUGACUAUUUUGUGGCGUAACAAGGCCUACGUCGCCAGUCGUGUAGUGAUGACAUGCUUCAUGGGAUUGAUCUACGGAAGUACCUUCUUCGAUGUCGAUCCGACGGACGUGCAAGUGAUGCUGGGUGUUAUCUUCCAAGCUGUUCUCUUCAUGUCGUUGAGUCAGGCUUCGCAGAUUCCUGUCUUUAUGGAGGCUCGUGAGAUUUUCUACAAGCAGCGAGGUGCCAAUUUCUACCAGACUUUGUCGUAUGUGGUCGGCUACUCGAUUGCGUUGAUCCCUCCGUCACUGUUCGAGAUUAUUAUCUUCGGUUCGCUAGUAUACUGGAUGUGCGGUUUCGUCGCGAAUGCCGGCGCGUACAUCAUCUACCUGGUGCUGUUGACGUUGACGAACCUGGUUCUAUCCACGUGGUUCUUCUUGCUGACGGCGCUGUGUCCGAAUCUGGAUAUCGCCAAGCCAAUGUCGACAUUCUCGAUCGUGUUCAUCAUCAUCUUUGCUGGUUUCGUUCAGCCAAAGAGUGAAAUUCCCGACUACCUCGUGUGGAUUUACUGGAUUAACCCCAUCGGCUGGUGCAUGCGAGCGUUGUCUGUGAACGAGUACCGUGCGUCCAAAUACGACGUGUGUGAGUAUGGAGGAAGGAACUACUGUUCGGAGUUCAACAUGACCAUGGGCGAAUACUAUCUGGCUCAAUUUGGUGUUCCAUCGAGCAAGACGUGGCUCUGGACUGGCGCUAUCUUCAUGUUCUUCUUCUACGUGUUCCUAUUGGCGGCCAGCACGUAUUUGCUGGAGUACCGUCGGUAUCUGGCCCCGACCAACAUCCAGUUGUUACCCAAGGAGAUUGAGGAUGAGGCACAGGAAGGCUACGCACUAGCCAUGACGCCAAAGGCGAAGAACACGGACGACUCGAAUUCAGACACGUCUCACGACGAGGUUAUGGUGGCUGUACCGCGGCGUGAAAAGAACUUCACUCCCGUGUCUAUCGCGUUCACGGAUCUGUGGUACUCAGUUCCAAACCCGACCAACACGAAGGAAAAUCUCGACUUGCUGAAGGGCAUCAGCGGCUACGCGACGCCUGGUACGUUGACGGCAUUGAUGGGAUCUACUGGUGCCGGCAAGACGACCUUGAUGGACGUAAUCGCUGGUCGGAAGACUGAGGGUACCAUCCAGGGCAAGAUCUACUUGAAUGGCUACGAAGCCAACGAGCUAGCCAUUCGUCGUGCAACUGGCUACUGCGAGCAAAUGGAUGUCCACUCGGAGGCUUCAACGAUGCGUGAGGCGCUUACCUUCAGUGCCUUCCUACGUCAGGACAGCAGCAUCCCGGACAGCAAGAAAUACGACACGGUGGACGAGUGUUUAGACUUGCUGGACAUGCACGAUAUUGCAGACCAGAUCAUUCGUGGCAGCUCGCAGGAACAGAUGAAGCGUCUAACGAUCGGCGUGGAGCUGGCUGCUCAACCGAGUAUCCUCUUCUUGGAUGAGCCAACUAGCGGUCUGGACGCACACUCUGCCAAGGUGAUCAUGGACGGUGUGCGUAAGGUUGCUGACAGCGGCCGUACCAUCGUGUGCACUAUUCACCAGCCGUCAUCGGAUGUCUUCUUCCUGUUCGACCAUUUGAUCUUGCUGAAGCGCGGUGGCCAGUCGGUGUUCGUGGGUGAGCUGGGCGAGAGGUGCCAGAAGCUGGUCAAGUAUCUGGAGGCGGUUCCCGGUGUCAAGCCCUGUCCGCCGAGACAGAACCCUGCGACGUGGAUGCUCGAGGUGAUCGGUGCCGGCGUGAGCAAUGAACGCGCCCGGGAUCUGGAUUUUGUGGACAUUUUCUCGAAAAGUGAGGAAAAGCGUCACUUGGAUGAGAUGUUGCUGCAGCCUGGAAUCACGACGACUUCACCCGAGUGGCCGGAGUUAAAGUUCGAGAAGAAACGCGCUUCCAAGGGCUCUACUCAGAUGUACUUCUUGAUGAAGCGGUUUUUCAACUUGUACUGGCGCAGUCCGGCGUUCAACCUCACCAGGUUCGGCAUCGUGUUCGGUGUAGCUAUCAUCUGCGGUCUGUCGUUCCUGAGUGUGGACUACACGACGUACAGCGGUUUGGUCGGUGGUGUGGGUCUGGUCUUCAUGUCGACCUUGUUCAUGGCUAUGGCUGGAUUCAUGGGUACGCUGCCAGUGUACUCGACGGAUCGUUCAGCGUUCUACCGCGAACGUGCUGCUGAAACGUACAACUCACUGUGGUAUUUCGUCGCUACGACGGUGGUGGAGAUCCCGUACGUGUUUGGCCAGUCGCUGCUUUUCAUCGUCAUCUUUUACCCGAUGGUAGGUUUCCAGGGAUUCGCCACGGCGGUGUUGUACUGGGUACAUGUGUCUUUGUUCGUGCUGGGCCAAAUGUACUUCGCACAGCUGCUGAUCCACGCGUUCCCGAGUAUCGAGGUGGCUGCUGUCAUGGGUGCGCUUAUCAACUCGAUCUUCUUGCUGUUCGCUGGUUUCAACCCGCCGGCAUCGUUGAUCCCCGCGGGCUACAAGUGGUUGUACACGAUUGUGCCGCAGAGGUUUUCGAUCUCGAUUUUGUCCGCGUUGGUCUUCUGUGACUGCCCCGAGGAGCCGACAUGGAACGAAUCGUUGAGCGCGUACGAGAACGUGGGCUCGAACCUUGGUUGCCAACCGUUGACAGGCACGCCGGUCACACUCGCGCACACGACCGUCAAGGGCUACAUCGAGUCGACGUUCAAGUACAAUUACGAUGACCGCUGGGCAAACUUUGGUUAUGUGUUCGUGACGAUCGCUAUCUUCCGUAUCCUGUCGAUGCUAUCACUGCGCUACAUUAACCACACGAAGAGAUAGAGGAAUCAGUGUACAGAGUUUCAGCAGGAAUAGCUGUCUGCAGUUGAAAAAAAGCCUUGCUAAAAGACGCUAAAUAAAACAAUAAGUCAAGUUUUGGAAGGGUAUUUUAGAAAAGGGAUGCGACGGGAUUACAAUAAUUGUAUUGGCGAAGCUGUACUACAUCAACGAAGGGUAAGUCAUGC